CGGAGGGGCGGUUGCGGCGGGCCGGGCGGGCUGAGUUUCGCGGGCGUGGGGUACAGCGGCUGCCAUGAACUUCUCCGAGGUGUUCAAGCUCUCCAGCCUGCUCUGCAAGUUCUCCCCGGACGGCAAGUACCUGGCUUCCUGCGUCCAGUACCGGUUAGUGGUCCGGGAUGCGAACACCCUCCAGAUCUGCCAGCUGUACACGUGCCUGGACCAGAUCCAGCACGUCGAGUGGUCGGCCGACUCGCUCUUCAUCCUGUGCGCCCUCUACAAGCGGGGGCUGGUGCAGGUGUGGUCUUUGGAGCAGCCAGAGUGGCACUGCAAAAUAGACGAGGGUUCGGCAGGGCUGGUGGCUUCCUGCUGGAGCCCCGAUGGGCGCCACAUCCUCAACACGACGGAAUUCCACCUGCGGAUAACCGUCUGGUCCUUGUGCACAAAGUCCGUGUCCUACAUCAAAUACCCUAAGGCUUGUCAGCAGGGAAUAACCUUUACCAGGGACGGCCGCUACCUGGCGCUGGCCGAGAGGCGGGACUGCAAAGACUACGUGAGCAUCUUGGUCUGCAGCGACUGGCAGCUGCUGCGGCACUUUGACACGGACACGCAGGACCUGGCCGGGAUCGAGUGGGCCCCCAACGGCUGCGUGCUGGCCGCCUGGGACUCCUGCCUGGAGUACAAGAUCUUGCUCUACUCCCUGGACGGCCGGCUGCUGUCUACGUUCUGUGCUUACGAGUGGUCCCUGGGCAUCAAGUCCGUGGCCUGGAGCCCCAGCAGUCAGUUCCUGGCAGUCGGGAGCUACGACGGAAAGGUGCGGAUUCUUAACCACGUGACUUGGAAAAUGAUCACAGAAUUCGGGCAUCCCGCAACCAUUAAUAAUCCCAAAAUAGUGGUGUACAAGGAGGCCGAGAAGAGCCCGCCACUGGUGCUGGGCCGCCUGGCCUUCCCUCCGCCCAGAGCAGCGGCUGGGCCGCUGUCCUCCACGGAGAGCAAAUACGAGGUCGCCUCGGUGCCGGUCUCCUUACAGACUCUGAAGCCUGCCCCCGACAGAGCCAACCCCAGGAUCGGCAUUGGGGCGAUGGCCUUCAGUCCUGACAGCUGCUUCCUGGCGACGAGGAGUGACAGCGUCCCCACCGCCGUCUGGAUCUGGGACAUCCAGAAGCUGAGGCUGCUCGCGGCGCUGGAGCAGCUGUCCGCCGUGCGCUGCUUCCAGUGGGACCCGCGGCAGGCCCGGCUGGCCAUCUGCACGGGGGGCAGCAAGGUGUACCUGUGGUCGCCGGCGGGCUGCGUGUCGGUGCAGGUGCCCGGGGAAGAUUUUAAGUGUCUUUACUACAAGACCGAAAGCAAAGGCUCAGGACCCAGGCGGAGUUGUGAGGCAGCCUUUCGAUGUGGACAGGCCCCCGCAUCCGAAUCACGGCCAUGCUGACCACAGCCACGCCAGAGUCAGAAAGGAGGAGGAGGAACCGGCGGGCCAGCAGUUAAAUCAUCAACAGACGCUCCCAGGCAGACCGCUCAGCCGUGGACGGGAACGACGACUUCCCCCGGGCUGGUGUCCAGGGGUGAGCUGUGUCAGGAGACUCUGACGGGGUUCCUUUUCAAAAGUGCAUUCUUUACGAGCAAACUAAGCAAUUCCCUUUUUAAAUAUGAAUAUGACAAUACAAACUUAACAGAGUUGAUAAAAUUGUGUGCAAAGAACUUAUCAAUGUGACUUUCUCAGACUAAUGACCUGUCUUAAAAUGAUUUUCUGUAAACCUUUUUGGGCCUGGGAAAGAUGCCAUAAGUAUUAUUAACACAAUAUAGAUGAAUUUUAGAAAAAGUGUGACUUUAGGCCGAACACAUAUUUCCACAAAAGCCAGUGUCUGCUCAGGAGCUGACAAGGCAGACCUUCUCUUGAUGAGCUCGUGCCUGC